UGCUGUCACAUUAUCCGUUAUUCUCAUCAAUCAAUUCAUCUCUGUUCAACCUUGGGGUGUGUGUGUGUGGUGUGUGUGGUGUGUGUGUGUGCAUGGUGAGUGUGUGGUGUGUGUGCAUGGUGUGUGUGUCGUGUGUGUGGUGUGUGUAUGGUGUGUGUGGUGUGUGUGUCUGCAUGGUGUGUGUGUGGUGUGUGUGCAUGGUGUGUGUGUCGUGUGUGUGGUGUGUGUGUGGUGUGUGUGUGGUGUGUGUGUGGCGUUUGUCUGUAGAUGUACCAGCAUGGCAGGGAUCUGUGUGAGAGCGUGCUGGGCGAGGCCUUCGUGACGGUGGAGGAUGAGGUGGAGAGGGCGGGGCCAGGAGAGGAGGUGGCGGGGCCAGGAGGGCAUCCCUGUGGCUGGCUGACCCUCAGCACCGCUGACCGAGAGGUGAUGGCAGCUCUGAGUGCUGAGGACGAGCAGGACACCACCAAGAGAGGCCUCCCUCAGGCCCGGGCCCCCUGCUCCCGGACCCCCGCACUGCCCCUGCAGGUGCGGAGGGCCAAUGCAGCGCUGCGGAGACGCUCCCUCCAGCCGGACCUAGAGGGGAGCGGGAGCGGCAUAAUUGCUGCUAAUUGCUAA